AUUAAGUUGUAAAGAAGCUGUAUACCGGAAGAAAAAAAAACGAAAACCAGAUUAUUAACCUUAUAUAUACUAUCUACUCCUAAGUAAAGUCAUAUAUGUAUCAUCACUUGCAUGAGAACACACGUUUGCAUUGGACACAUUAAUGGCGGAAUCUUCACUGCUCAUGUUAGCAGCCAGGGACAUUCUCGCGACUCCAAGACUCGAAGGCUUAGCGUACGUCGUCGAACACCUCUUCAACCGUCAAGAAACCAACGCGCAUCAAAACGCGCAAGCUCUGCACAAGUUCUGCGUCGCCAACUUCCCCAACUGCUUAACCCUAAAGCUCCUCAAGGUGUACCUACACUCUUCCGACGACCUCUUCAGGUUCCGAUCCAUCUGUCUCCUCUCCGAAGCUCUCACCGGUCUGAGAAACCGCGGCUUCGAUCUCUCUCUCGUCGCGCUCCGUGUUAUAAAGCCUCUUCUUGUUUCUUGCCUGACGAUGCCUGAAGCCAAGAAACCUGAUACAAAGAUCCUAAGAAGAAUCGUUUCUUGCGUGGCAAGCAAUGUCGUGAAGCUUGAUCGUCACGGAUGGGACGAGCUUGGAGAUUGUAUGGUUACGCUCGUGAACACUGAUCCCGUUAGAGCUUUCAACGUCUUCCUAGACUUGCCUUUACUCGAUGAUAUUGGAUUCAUCAACCGGUUCUUGAAACACUUUGUCGAAGAGAUCGAUGACGUGUUGCUUGAUCAGCAAGAAACAGACGAAGAGCGCUGGACUCUGGCUCUUGAAACUGCCGUUAAGCUUGGGAUUCAGAUUUCGAAUUCAGAAAUAGGUUUCGACUUGGCGAGGAAGAUUCUUGGCACUGUUCUCAAGUCAGCUAAUCAGCUCGUGAGGAAAGGUAAGGAAGAGUUUCUGCGACGAGGGCUUGCACAUCUCGCCAAGUUCCUUGCGCAAGACUCCAACACGUGUAGAUACAGUAGGAACCAAUGCGGUUUUUUGUCAGAGCUUGCGUUCAAGAUCUCAGGUGUCGGAGGAACACACACCAAAGAGUCUGCGAGGAAGAUCUAUCAAAUUGUCUCUGAUGACCAAGCCUUCAAACUCGACCAGUCUCAAGGGUUUGACCUAGACUUGUACAACAAGUUAAAGACCGUAUCUGCAGUGGAGAUCUUGCGCAUGGUGGCGUCAACUAAGAUGGAUGACAAGUCUAGGGAGAUAGCGGUGGGAAGGCUCCACCAUAUGCUUUGUGACCACACGUCAAAGAGAGUGGAGAUCGAUGUUGUGGAGAUGGGACAUCUCAAGAAACUGCUUAUCUCUUGCCUCACUGAAGUAGGAGUUCCGGAGAACACGUUCAAGAUUCUAGGCAAGGUGGUGUAUCACGUUGCACUCGAGUUGUACUACUACCAAGAGGACAAAUGGUUCGAGGUAUGGGACUAUAUCGCAUCGGAAUGCAGCACGCAGUUCGAGAGAGCUGUUUAUAUCUUCCAGUGUUUGACGACGAUGGUGCUUGAUGAUAACGAGAACGUGGUUCACGCGGUUAAUACUCUUCUCCCGGAGAUAAUGAGAAGGUUGAAUUCACCGUUGUUGGUGGAUAACGGUUGCUGGGUGCUGGCGUUUGUGGGUGGGUUCUGUGCUGCUGUUCACUUGUUAGAGGUCUACGCUGGAUCAGCUGAGGAGAUUGUUGAUAAGAUGGUUGAUUCGGCGAGAGAGCUUGUGGGGAGAGGAAUGGAAGUUGGGGUUGUGAGGAGAGCUUUCAGAGAUGUUGAAAGAAUUGUGAAGAAACAGGUGGAGUGGUAUGGUGGUAAUGAUUACAGUUUCCUCAAGGCUUUGCUUUGGAAGCUAUGUGAGAUCAAAGGCCUGAGAAUGGAGAGUAGGAUGGUGUUGUGGAGGAUCAACGUGUUUCUAGAGAGGGGAACGCCCGACGUGGAGAAAGAGCUUCCAGUGAGUCGUCUCUCACAGCAACAAGUAGGCAAGUAGGUUUAUUUUGUACUGUUGUAGUAGACUUUUGUAGUUGCAAUUGCUCUCUCAAGGUUGUAACUAGUUUUUGUUCAACGAUUCAAGCAUAGUUGAUAAUAAACUACAGCUUCCUUUUACUUGCUUGAUGAUGGGGUUUUAGACAAUGAUGAAGGUUUGAAUCCUCCACUCGAUAAGUUUGACGCUGACCCUGCGGCAUAUCUUCCUUCUCGUUGCCUCUCUAGCUCCAAUCCCCAAACCUAGCU